CUGACCUUGGUCUCCCUUCAGCUUUUCCCUGUUCCCCCACCUCAGACUAGUGGUCUCCCUCUGUCAGAGUCUCCUCUAACCAGCCCCUUGUUUCCACCUCCCACUGACUGCCUCUGUCCUUCGGUUACGCCCACUGGAUAAUUUAGUUCUCCUCCUUCCUCCUCCUUGCUCUCUGCAGCUGUACAUACUCUGCUUUUUAAUUAGAAAGACUAGUAUAGCUCCCCCUCUCUGCUUCCUAUACUCCAGCACUCCUUCACCCCCUCCCUCUUUUUUCUUUUUUUUUGCUUACAAGGAUACAGCGGCUUGCAUGGCAACGGGGAGAGGAGGUCAUGACGGAGAGAUGCGGAGAAAAAGCGGGAGAGAGGAAAAGGGAACAAGGCAGGGAGAGCUGAAAGGAGCAUCUGAGAGGAUAACUGUCUGUUUGCUCACUCUUGUCUUCGUGCUCCCUCUCCUGUCCUUCUACUUCCACUCACAGCACAACCGCACAGACAACUAGGUAGGCACAGCGGAGCGUGGAGAUGGCAAAAAAGAGAGGUUCCCACGUGAAAGGCAUAAAUCCACAGGAGGAGAGGAGGGCAAGAUAGAGGAAAACACCAACCAGAGGGGGGAAAAAAAAGAAAAAGAGUUGAGCGGGAGAGGAGCAGAUGGGCUCUGGAGAGGAAACGAUGUGAGGCUCACCGAGCGGCAGUGACACAGAGAGGAGAGGUGGGGGAUAAAAAGCAAACAUGAGGGAUGGAAGAAUGGGAGGAAGCAACGUGAAGUAAUAGCAGAGAAGAGGAGCAGAGAAGAGGAGUGAGCACUUGUGGGAGAAGGAGACAAGACAGAGGGCAAUAAGAAGAGAACGAUGUGGAGCCCACGCCGUCUUCAGCCAUGAGAGUAUGUGUCACUGAGAGGAGCGCCGACAAAAGAAACAGAGAGAAAGUACUAAAAUCCAAACGGAGAGAGCGCAGACCGAAAGAAAAGUUCCACAAAAAGAGCCUGUAACUGUGAAGCACUCAGGAUCAUCAGUAUAUUUCGGACCACAUGAUUUCCUGAGGGCACGGAGGUCAAGGGGUGUGGAAAAAUAGAAGUUGAUGAACCAAAAGAUGGGCACGUGGAAAACCCAAACUGUAUUUGCGUUUGACUUUUCUGGCCUCAUUAAAAGUCAGCUCCCAUGAGUGCUGGUGAAAAAUGGUUUUAAGAGAUAAAAGUGCACUUUUUUAAAAGUGUGGGCAUAAAGAUUUUAAGACCAUCUAAUGCUGCAUACAUUUAUUUUUGUACAAGUUAAGCGAAAGACCCAUAAUUCACCCAGAAGUUAUCACUGGUACAUCUAAUUUGUACAGUUUGUGAAUCUCUCAGAUGGAUUGUUAUAUUCUUUGACCUGUGCAUACUGUUGUCCUUGAUGGAGAACAUUAGUAACUCUAAAUGACUGUGAAGAAUAAGUUGAGGAAUUACAUGGAUUUCUUGUAAUUGUUUGAUCUAUUAUUUUUUUUUUAAAUGUUUAAGGUUAUGGAGAGAUGACCUUCUUUACCAAUGUACUAGCAAAACAUCUGUAAUCUGCCUGAAAACUCUGUGGAUGUUGGGGGAUUGAAAGAAACUGUAGACAUGGUGAGCAAAGAGCCCAACCACAUGCUUACAGGCCAGUCCAAUGGCAAGAGCACUUUGGCAGACAAGCUGCCGGGGACAAUGACCGUGCGCUCUGUGCUCCUAAACCGAGACUCUCCAGAUAUUGAGAGCCGCCUAAAACGCCGCCGUAACCGUACCCACCAGGUUCGCUUUAAAGACCUGGAGGACGGCAGCAGUAGCAGUGGAAACAGUGCAACAGGGGACAACAAUGGCCAUCAAAGGCCAGCCACAGACUGUGAUAGCCCGCAUCCUCUGCGCAAACAUGGCAGCAGAACCCCUCAGCCGUGGACUGACUGUCUGCAUACAGGGGAUCAAACCGCACAGAGCUCUGUGGUGGGCGCUGUGCGUGGGGACAUGGCGAGCACAUUAGAAGUGGUUGCAGCAUUUUUAGCAAGAGCCCCUCCUCAUCCAUUAACACCUGGUCCUACACGACGAUGUUGGGCGCCGCCACAGAAUAACUCUCUGACUUUGCCAAUGACACGUAAGCCCAGUUCGAGCACCAGCACAGCCAUUCAGACAUCCCCAUGCCUGAAAAAGCCCCAGUCUAUUUCUUCCACCCAUACCCGUAGCCAAAGCAUUGGGGACUCAGUUGGCGUUGAUGGGGAUGAUGAACAUGACUCUCAAGACGAGUACCUCAUGCACAACCAUGUGUUGCUGCCUGGGUCCAAAGAACAGAACAGACCUGCAGGAACUGGGGAUCGAACUGUUAUAGAACGAAGAUCCAAAGUAUCAAGGACAGAGAGUAAGUCAGCGGUUGGGGUGGUAAAAACCUCAAGACACAGCUGUCCACCUUCUGUCAUUCAUAACAAUGAGCCACGCCACUGUUCUUCUGUAUCCAGUCGAGACAGUGGGAAGCGUCAAGGGAGCACCACUCCAUCUGUGGUCAGAAGAAGAAAGCGACUGAGUCGGACAACGAGUGAUCCUGGCAAAGAAGUUCACUAUUGUACCACUCCCACUCAGACUGAAAGCCCCAGCCCAUCCCCUCUGCCUUCAACCAUCAAACUCUGCACCACUCAAGUUCAAACCGAAAGCCCGUCCUCACCUUCAAACUCGAAGCACUGCACCACUCCAAGUCAAACUGAGAGUCAGCGACUGCCUCCAUCUCCAAGUGAUGAAGAACGCACAGCCCAGCUUCAAACUACUGUUUCUUCCCCAGCAAAUCCUCCAAACACUGACCAAUGUCCCAAUCAGACACAUGGAAAUCCUGCCAGCGUCUCGCCUCUGGAUCAAAAACCAUCCUCACCACAGAAACAACCUUGCAGUUCCCUUUCUACUACCCAGCUAACAGUAAAGUCAGGUUCAGUACAAAUGAAAUCUGACAGCCAUGUUUCUACACCAGUGACUCAAAACCCUCCCAUCACACAUGUUACUACUGUGCCUUAUUGUGCUUCUUCCUCACCUUUAAGUGCAACAAUACAAACUCCUGAAGACUGCACAAAGCCACCUUGGUCCUCUCCUUCCAAAUCAGUUUACACUAACCCCUCUACAUUCAGUACUCAACCCAGUCCUUCCUCCAUCUCUACUGUUCCCCAACAGCCUGUACCCUAUUUUACCAUUGUGUCCCCACCAACAAUCCCCUUAACAGCUAUUGUCUGCACAAACAUUUCAUCAAACCCACCUGCAGGCCCCAUGAAAAACUGUUCCUCUGCUAAGGCAAGCUUAAAGUCUCCAUCACCCUUAACCCUGUCUGCCCCUACUCCAACAAUAACUCCCAGUAUACCUCCUAGUGAUCCCACUAAAUAUUCUACCACCGCCUCAAGCGUAACAGAUCGGCCACCAUCUCAUGCCACACCAACAAACCUUACACCCUGCACAUUUGUGACUCAAACUGCCCUGUCUUGCACAUCAAUAUCAUAUUACACCACCACCCAUCCAUCUGGUCCCUAUGUACCUCCAUUUAACCCAACAUCCUCUUCUUAUGCUACAGUCAUACAAACUGUAUCUCACUGUAACAUUCCAUGCCAAACUCUACAGAACAACCCCUCUGCUGGGGCUAGCACUGGCCUGACCCCCUACUCCUCCCCAGUCCCAAAACUAAAAUGCACUUCUCCACCUCCCCUUGUGAAAACCUAUGUCUCCACCCUACAGAAUGCUCAAUCUUGUGCUACACCAACCAAAGCAGUUCCUUUGUACUCCUCUACAUUUCGUGCUGCGCCACCAUACACACCACCAUCUCAGGCUCCUCGUGCUCAGGACAAGAGGGGCAUUCGACUUCCACCUCCUCCUCCACCACCUCCACCCUACACACCCAGAAAAUCUGGAAAUGAGCCAUUGGGUACUGCGGUCCGAACACCCAUGCUCAGGGCAGAGAGCAAGGCCAGUGACAAAGACAAAGAAAGGGAAAAUAAGAAAAAGGAGGAUGUGAAAUGUACAAACUCACCAAAGCUUUGUGAGAGAGCCAACUCUCUGAAGCACAGAGCUCAAACUCCGCCAGUUGCUGUGAUGAAGGGAGAGAGGCGCUCUUCUUCUUCCUCCCCUGCCAAGGCCUGUUUUAAGUCCAGCUGUCUAAGCUCAGCCCAAGCUCAGCUUGGAGUACUACACAAAAUGCUCUGCUCAGGAGCCAGCGCCAGGCCAAACACACCCAAUAGCCAAAACACUCUCCCCUCAAACCAGCAGGGUUGUUCAGGAGCCAGGGGCUGCUCUGUCUCCAGGGAACGGCCUACAGCCGGGCCAUUGAGUCCCACCCAAGCUGACACUCUGAAACAGGUCCAGGAGAUUCUGGGAGGCUUGAUGUCAGGGGCCAGGUGUAAACUGGACCCAUCAAGGGUGACGGAAAAACUAUUGAGUCCCAAUGGACCUCUGCAUGACAUACGCAGCCUGCAAAACCAGCUUCAAAGCCUAGAAGGCGUCCUGGAGACAAGCCAGAACACAAUUAAGGUCCUGCUGGAUGUUAUUCAAGACCUUGAAAAGAAGGAAGCAGAGAGAGAUGGACAUUCAUAUAGGACCGGACAGGACAUUGAGAACUGUGGGACCUGCAGGGACUGUGCCUGCAUCAUCUACAGUGUUGAGCACGACUUUCGUCUGCAGGAGGGGCAGGUGGUGCGUACGUGGAAGGUGGGGGACCCUCCAGAGGGUUCACCACAGACCGCCACUCCCCCACCCGCGACACCUCUCCAUCAAGAGUCCCCAAAAACAGUGCAACCCUCAGUCGCCUCUAAGAAGAACCGGAUACGGCAAACACUUGAUGAUGGGGAUUUGUUGGACAGAAAAAAACUAGAGGAUGAAAACAGAACAUAAAGAUGCGGGCGGGGAAAGAGUCGCAAAGAUUGUGAUUCAUCUGCCUCUGCUGGAGCUGCUGAGAGCGGCUUGGCUGGACCACACAUGUUGCCGUUGUUUUAAAUGCUUCUUCAGCACUUUCUGAUUUUACACUGGUGCAGGGAAAAUAAAACAAAAAUGCUGAGGUCAAACAAAAGCAGAAUUUCAAUCCACAACAUAACUCACAGAUAAAAAGCAAUUAUUAGAUAUAGAAAGAAUUUGGAGUGUCAGGGGGCUCAGAACAUGAGGCGCUGCAGCUGAUAGGAUUGAACAUAUUUAUAGAAGAUUAAAUUAAUGGAAGUUAUGCUAGAAGAGAGAACAGAGAAGAACAAUUUAUCUCCAUUAAUGGACUAAUGAGGGUCACAACACCAGCUUUUCUAUUGAGAGACAUUUCAAAAAGAAUUACUAUGACCCAUAUUCAAAACUUUUCAUGAACUGUAACUGAAAUCCUACAUGUGUCUACAUGUUCAUACGGCACGCGCAAACAGAUGAGCGGACACAGAAAACACUGAGAACUGAGAACAUGAAGAUCUGUACAUAACAGAGUUAUUCUGCUUGGAUGCUUUGUUUCAGAUAUGAAUUACUGCUCUAUAAAAGUAUUUUACCACA